UAGUAUAGGUAAUCAUUUCUUAACGACGCCAAAAUGACUUGUGGAGCAUGUCGUGGGCGCAAAGACAAAGGUAUAAAGUGUCUCAUAGCAGCGCUGGAUACGAUUAAAGAGCACGCCUUAAUGAUGCAACAUGAGGCGGAGGAGAAGGACAAGACUAUUGGAAGCCUGCAAGCUCAAAAUGAAAAGCUGCACAGGGCUGUGGAUCUCCUAAAAGAACGUCAGGAAUCGCUGGCCGUUCUCCAUGACGACAAGCGACGUAAAGUGUCGCCCAAGAAGUCCAAGGAAGAUAUUUCACCGCUUCCGCAAAGUCAGAGUUCGCUGAACAUGAAUAUAGCACUCAACAGCAUAGAGCUCUCUGAUGAAGACACAGAAGAGCAGGAAGACGAAAGCAUAGCGGAAACCGAGGCUCCAUCCAUUGGCAGUCCUCGCAAGCUCAGGCCACAUCAUCGCAAGCCUGAUGUUAGGAAUUUAGAGAAUGUACAGCCCAAUAACGUGACCAGUGUGAGCCAAAGCUGGCUCCGGAAGACACCCAAGAAUAUCGGAAUGAUGACCAAACUGUCAUUGACGCACAGAGGUAGCAGCCUGCAAUUUAAACAGACUCGUCUCAAAUUCGAUGGCAACAAGGCAAGUGGCAGCGAAAAAGAUGUGAUAGAAGAAAGUCCCAACCCAAGCCCAGGAUCGAAACGUGCCCCGGCGUCUCGCUCGUUGCUGCAAAGAGCCGACAUAGGCAACGCCUUAAACGAAGACAACUUUGUCUUGAGCAGGAGCAACAGUGUCAACAUCAAAAACACCGACCCUAGCUUUCACAUGGACGUAGAAAAGUUCAUUGGGAUCGACAGUCUGCCUGACGUCAGCCUCGAACUACCCGUAAUGCCGCCACCUGCUACACCUCCGCACCUGAAGAUAGACAACUCAAGCGAGAGCGUAGUCAUACUCACUCCUGCCACACAGGACAUAAUCUUCGUGAAUGAUAGCAGCGAAGACAUAAAAAAAAUCGGCACAAUGGAUGUUCUAGCGGAGAUUAUGAAAGAGGACGACGAUGCCUGUUCGUCUGCCUUACUGCAGUACGAGAAGAUAAUGAUUGACCAACAGAAACACGUUCAACCCAAUCCACAGAAAGUUCCGACUGCUCUAGCACCAGUCGGAGCCAUAAAAGAUGAGCCAAUAACACAGCCAAACGAAGAUCACGGCAAUGAAUCAACGAGACUUUCUGAAGAUAUUGAAAAAUAUAUGAUGGAGGAAGACGACAGCAAGGAAUCUGACGACGAGAUUCCACGACCCAUUAUGGUAAAGGAGGAACCUGAAUUGACACUCAAAGAGCGGCUUAACAUUGAAUGCGAGGAGUGCGAAAAGUUUAUCAACUUCAUGGGCUCCAACCUGAAUGAUGAAAAGAUCCAACUCUAUUUGAGCAAAUGUAAACACAACAAUGAGCGAACUGGGUCGCCGCCAGGCUUCUGGAAUCCCCACAUGGUUUCCUUUGCCGAAGACGAUCCACGCAAUGAGGUGUUGAUUGACACUCGCUUUAGAGACCAGCGAUAAAAUAAAAAUAACAUCGGAUGCCAUUCCAUUGAA